CCCGCUCUCUGCCCUCCCGCUGUCCGGCGGGCGGUACCGUCAAUGUGCGGUCGGUGUGUGUCGGUGUCGGAGCUCCCGAUGGCGGUGAGUGAUCAUUGCAGCGGUUAUUACGGCGCCGACCGUGUGCGGGUGUCCGGGUUCUCCUGUCCUCAGCCCCACACCGCCCCGACCGCCGGGUACUGCUGCGGCUUCAGUGACUUCAAGUACUGUUGCGAUGAUCCCAACAGUUUCUUUCCAUAUGAAUACAGUUACAUGUGGUGGUUAAGUAUCGGCGCUCUGGUGGGUCUCUUCAUUGCUGCUGUGGUGCUGUUGGCUUUCGUCAUCACCGUCUGUGUUCUCUGCUAUUUAUUCAUCCGCACAAAGCCACAGCACAGGCUGGACACUGGACUUGAUCUGCAGACACUGGGUGCUGCACAUGCCAUAGAGCUGGCCAGUCUGUCCAGUGGCCCGAGCACCAUCAGGAAGCCGUUUCAGAGUCGCAGGUUGGACUGUGACAAUCAGCCGCCCGAGCCUGACCGACUGUUCCAGAGAUGCUUCAUGACCACAGUGACUGCCAUUAACAUGCAGGGCUCCUCGUGAAGUCUUGCGACUCUGUUUCGUGAUGUCCCCGACAAUGAAGUAAACAUGCUUUACCAGCUCUGUAGCUGCAUUUGUCGUACCCUGUAACACUGUCUCGUUUCUGUCAUUGUGCUGGAAAAAAAACAG